AUGCCACCCAAAAAAACAAUGAAGAAGGUCAUCCAAAAGACCACCCUCAAGCCCACCACUCCCGCAAAGGAUACAUCCAAGAAGACAGCUACCAAAGCGUCGGAGAUCGACGAUAUCUUCAGCACAGGAACCAUCUCGGCAUCGUCGUCAAAGUCACCAAAGGCAGCAUCAUCCUCAGGGAAGAGCACAGGAUCCAAGGGAUCGAUACAGGAUAAGGCUGGCAAGGCAAAGGAUACAACCGUCACAAAGUCCAAGGGCGACAAGAAGACGAAGAAGGUGGCUGAGAUAGAGAAGAGCGAUAGCGAAGUGGAAGAAGAUUUCAUUCCAUUGGGUGAAUCUCUUGAUGACGGCCCCUCUGACGAAGACGAUGAGAACGAGGAGGAGGUGGACACAGAAUUGAUGUUUGACGAGGAGGAACAGAACGAGUCGGAAGAAGCUGCGAUCGCCAAAUUGCUGGCCAAGAAGAAGAGCAAGUCCACAGGAAAGUGUCAGAACGAAGGAAGCAGCAAGGCAGUGGCAGCGGCAACGACGACGAAGGUGACAACAAAAGCCAAGGGCGGACCCAAGGUUGAGGCUGUGGUGUUUAAUGAGCGUCCAGCGGCGGCCGCAGCAGCAGCGGCAGCGGCAAAGAUCCAAAAGUUCAAGCGUGUCAGGGAGGAUGGCCCAGACAGUGACGAUGAGCUGGAGAAGAAGGGCAAGCGCCGGACAGACGAUGGACUUCGUCUCUUUGAUAUCCACGAUCUGAACAUUGGCAAGGGAGGCGAUACCGAAAAGUGCCCCUUUGAAUGCGAAUGCUGCUUCUAG